AAAUUUACACAGCCCUCUGGAGCCAGAGUCCCUCAUUGGACGGUUUCUUACCUGUACUCUCCCCCUCUUACAUCGUAUCAGCCAAUAAAAGAAGUAAACCCAUAAAUAUAUAUAUUUUUGGACACCGUUAUGAGGCAUGAUGUGUGAGCCGAGGGGCUGGAAAGCACCUUUUUUUUUUCUCCUGCUGACGACACGACGGUGACUCUGCGCGUCCGUACAGGAGCCAUCAUCAUCAUCAUCAUCAUGUUUACCUGAACGCGGAUAACGGGGCUGACAAAUGGCCUAGAAAUAAACAGAAAUAGCACCUGCGGCUCUCGACCGUUAACGGAACAGGAUCUGCUCGCCGUUUCCUAAAGGCUCUGGGUCUCGUCAGGAGCCAGGAAAACCGCUCCAAAUGUCAACUUGUGCAGUGACAAACUUCAACAAUGGCUUGGAGGCCAGUUCAGACUCUGAUGACGAGGACAAGCUACACAUUGUGGAGGACGACAGCCUGCAGGAGCCGGAGGUCGCUAAAGCUGAUGUGACCACGCUGCAGGACAGCCAUGACGCCACAACAACAGUAUUACCCCACAAUGGCUCCUUGAAUGGAGUGAAAGAGGAGUGUGUGUCAGAAGAGGAAGAGGAGGCUGUGACGGAUACUCUAGUGGAGGAGAUUCUCCAGCAGGGAGACACAGCCAUCAUCUAUCCAGAAGCCCCUGAGGAUGAGCAGAGUCCGGCAGAGACAGGAGGCGCUGAUGAAAACGGCACACCAGAUUCCUUCUCCCAGUUGCACACUUGCCCCUACUGCUCCCGGGGCUACAAGCGCAAUGCCUCGCUGAAGGAGCACAUCAAGUAUCGCCACGAGACCAGCGAGGACAACUAUAGCUGCUCACACUGCAGCUACACCUUCACCUACCGCUCGCAGCUGGAGAGGCACAUGAGCCACCACAGGGGCACCAGGGAGCAGCGUCACGUUUCCCAGUCGACAGGAGGAUCAGGGACAGGUGGAACCCGCAAGUUCAAGUGUACCGAAUGUUCCAAGGCCUUCAAGUACAAGCACCACCUGAAGGAGCACCUGCGCAUUCACAGCGGUGAGAAACCGUAUGAAUGCUCAAACUGCAAGAAGCGAUUCUCCCACUCAGGCUCCUACAGUUCCCACAUCAGCAGUAAGAAGUGUGUGGGUGCAGCACCUCCUAAUGGUGUCCCUCGAACAUCGAUCAAAUCUCCACCACCCACCACCCAGACCGCACCAGUCGUAAUUGCUCCGGCCCGCGUGAUUCUUAAAGAGAAGACUGAAAGCAAACCCCUCCAGGAGCAGCUCCCCCUCACCCAGAUCAAAUCUGAACCUGUGGAAUACGAGUGCAAGCCUGUGAUGGCGGCACCGGCAACUUCAGCUGGUACCAACGGAGUGGUGAACGGAGGGACGGCACAGCCAGCUGUGGUUCCAGCUGCAACCCUGCCUCAGGGUGUGGCUAUGGUCGUACCAACAGUCGGUCUGAUGUCACCCAUCAGCAUCAAUCUGAAUGACUUGCAGAAUGUGCUCAAGGUGGCGAUGGACGGAAACGUGCUCAGGCAGGUGCUGGGUACAGCUAAUGGGGUGGUGACGCAGGGGAAGCAGGGAAUUGUAGUCCAGCAGCCCCAGCAGCAGAUCAUCAGCCUGCCGGCCUUUGUGGAUCACGACGGCACCACAAAGAUCAUCAUCAAUUACAGCAUUAGCCCUGCAGCCGCCACCACUGCCACUACCCAGCCUGCACCGUUUAUUGCCAAAAACAAUCCUCCUCCCCCUCCCACUGUCACCACUGCUGCAGCCCCCACCCCAACCAAAACAGAUAAACCCCCUACUCCAGAGGUAGCUGACCUCACCAUUGUAAAGGCAGAGCCAGAAUCAGUGCCCAUCAUGGAGACAGAGGCAGUCACACAGACAGAAACUGUUAAGACUUCAGACACCCAAACAGCUCAGAUGCCAAAAGUCAACAGCACCAGUGCAUGUUUACUAUGCGACGACUGUCCCGACAACCUGGAGGCGUUACACCUCCUCCAGCACCGCAAAGCAGCCAAUGGGGAGGCAGUUGACUCCGCCGCUUUGGACCCCUCAUUCGCUGCUCUGCUAAGCGAGGCCGGGGUGACGCUGGAGGAGCCACCUGUGGAUGACCUCCUCUCACUCCUGAAGACAUACUUUGCCUCCAAUGCCAACCCCAGCGAGGCGGAGCUGACAAAGAUCUCAGAGUCUGUCAGUAUUCCCAUGGAUGUGGUCAGAAAGUGGUUUGCCAAGAUGAACUCUGGGAAAAAUGUGGGCAAAUACAGCAAAAACGCUACAGUGGUUUCCAAAAAGACUGAAACCACAAAUUCCAGCUCAGAGGACGCCUUGAAUCAGAAUGGAGAGGCAGAGGAAGACAGCACUCAAGAAACAUCCAACAAAGCCUCAUCAGAAUCUGGCAGCGCUUCUCCGUCAGACUCUUCACCACUAAGCCCCAACACCGGGGACCUCAUCAUCGUUAAAAGUGAGCCAGAAGACCCAGAGGACCCGGACUCCCAGGCAGAGCCGCUUGAUCUCUCCCUUCCUAAACAUAUCGCAGCAGCGUUGGAAACAAAAACACCCCCGGCUAAGCAGCAGGAACAGCCCCUGAACCUGACCUGCCUGAGGAAGGAGGAUCUGGAGGGUCAAACCAUCUACGUCACCACGCCUCAGACUGGAAGACCUGUCAACAUCGUCACUGCCGCACAGCUGCCCACAUUAGUGGCCAUUGCUGGUCAGGGCACAGUGGGCUGUCUCAGCGCGAUGAACACCACAACGAAGCGCACCAUCCUCAUCCCCCAGCUCACCUACACCUAUGCCACUACGGCCGGCAACGCCACUGGAGCAAAGACUGUCGUACUAAACGGCCAUAAGGAGAAGAGGCUGGACAGCAGCUCUGACUGUGUUUCCACAGUGGAGGAGCAGAAUGACUCCGAUUCGGCCGCGCUGAUGAAGAAGCGACGGCUGGAACACGGCGUCUACCCCUGUGAUCUUUGCUCCAAAGUCUUCCAGAAGGGCAGCUCCCUGCUCAGGCACAAAUAUGAACACACAGGAAAACGGCCCCACGAGUGCAACAUCUGCAAGAAGGCCUUCAAACACAAACACCACCUGAUCGAACACUCGAGGCUGCACUCCGGUGAGAAACCCUACCAGUGUGAUAAGUGCGGGAAGCGUUUCUCUCACUCUGGUUCAUACUCCCAGCACAUGAACCACCGUUACUCCUACUGCAAGAAGGACGGGCCAAACUCUGGCUCCGGCUCAGGGCCACGCAGGGCUCAGUCGGAGCUCGGCAGCCCCAGCGCCGGACCGCAGUCGGACAGUCGGACCACGACCCCGCCCUCCCAACUGGACUCAGACGAGAGGGAGAGCGAGGAAGAGGAGGACGAGGAUGAUGAGGCCAUUUGUAUGGACGACAUCCGGGUCGUGCAGGUGGACGACGGCGAGUGCGAGAUCUAUGAGGGCAACUUUGAUGACGAUGACGAGGACGGAGAGGAGGUGGCGGAGGACGAGACAACAAGACAGGAAGUGGUGGACGGACAGAAGGUGGAGGAGCUUGUUUGUGAUGUGGUGGAGAUCGAGCUGGGGAACAAUCACAUGGAGGACCAAGAGAUGGAGGAAACAACUGAAGAAAAGGAGGACGAAGAGAAGGGGGAAAUAUCUGAAGAAAAGGAGGAUGAAGAGAAGGGGGAAACACCUGAAGAAAAGGAGGAUGAAGAGAAGGGGGAAACACCUGAAGAAAAAGAGGACGAAGAGAUGGGGGAAACAACUGAAGAAAAAGAAGACGAAGAGAUGGGGGAAACAACUGAAGAAAAAGAAGACGAAGAGAUGGGGGAAACAACUGAAGAAAAGGAAGAAGCAGCAAGUGCGGAUAUAGAGGAAGUGGCAGACUGUGAAGCAAAUACGGACAAAAGCAUCAGGGAGAGGUCAGACAGCGUCGAACCCACAGAGGAAGUGGUGAAAAACGCUGAAUAAAGGAAGGAAAAUCUCUUCAGGACAGUUCCAGUGUGUCGGCCAUUGAAGUCGAGUUAAUUAAGACAAAACCACAGAAAAGUCACGAAAGUCACUGCGGUUGCCUGAUCUUAACGGUCCACUACUGUGUACAAAAACCCAGGUGUGCCUGAACUUGAAAAAAGAAAAAACAAAAACAAAACAGUGACUUUUUUCUUGUGGAAAUGAAAUAUCAGUGUUAAAAAUUGUUUAUAGAAGUACAGAUUUUAAAGCAGAACUCACCCAUCAACUUGUUAGACUUGUUACUGAGACAUCCCAGGUUGUUUUAUUGUUUGUUUGUUUUCAUUUGGUCAGUGUUACUAAUCUUGUUCUUGUUUUAAAACAUUUUAACCUGUAAAGAUGAGAAAGAUUUCUAUACCUUUUUAUUGCCAAUGAAGUUUCCUAAAUCAGUAUUUUAUUGAGUUCUACGAACAAAAACCUCUGCACUACAGUAUUCCUGGUUUACCAAUGGAUACAUGCCUCAUGCAUUGUAUGCCCUUCAGUGUUAUAUACGUACACUAGCUAGCGAGAUGUUGUUUGUAUUAGUGUUAGUCUUUGCUAGCUAGCAUUACUUUUGUUUUCAGUUUGACUGUUAGCCUUAAAGAAAACAAAGUAUUCUUGGGGAGGGUUGUGGGCGGGAUGGGGAGUCCGGGAUGAGAACGUGGCUUCUUUACGCCAUAACCAAAUUUGUCCUAUCAGGGAAGGUAGAAUCACAACCUCAAAGCCAGCAUCAGGCGCCUAUGUAUUGCAACCCGGCGUAGCCUGUAUGGGUGGAGUCCCCAGGUGAGUAUUCAAAAGCAGCCACCUCGCCUGGCUCAGCUGUGGUUCCAAAACACAUGCGCCCAUUCUUACCAAGCUUCUCCUUAUUUUGGUUGAAUUCAGUUCUGAGUCAGUGUUUCAGUGUUAUUAGCUUAUAUAUGAAGUCAUACUGUACGUGAAGGAACGGGGCCGUUUCCUGCUCCACCCCAAUGCCUCCAGCCUUAUGCAAGACCUGUGUGCUGUUAAAAGUGCCAUUGAACAGUGUUAUCAUUUCUUCUUCACACAUGUAGCCAGUGUUAUGUCUGUCUGUUACUUACACAAGACCCAUAUUGACUAAUGUUUGUGGACUUGCACAGAACAGCAGCUUUGUCACAAUACCUGAAAGAUACUUCCUGUGAAAUUAUUUUGGAAUAUUUUCGAGGCCUUUAAAAGUAAGUAUGCAGUAUUAGGGCUUCAACUAAUGAUUAUUUUCAUUAUUGAACAAUCUGAUGACCUUUUUAUUUAAUUGAAUUGAUUAAUUGUUUAGUCUAUAAAAUGGCAGGAAAUAGGGAAAAAUGUUAUAAACUGCCCAGAGCCCGAGAUGGCGCCUUCAAAUGUCUUGUUUUGUCCCGAACAGCAAUCUGAAACCCAAAGAUUAGUUUACAUUAUUAUUAUUAGUUUACAAUUACAUAAAACAGAGAAAAGCAGCAAAUCAUCAUACAGGAAAAGCUGGAAAUGUUUGGGAUUUUUGCUUGAAAAUGACUGAAACAAUCAAAAUAAGACCGUGUAGUCCCUCAUUCGUCCAGGAGUGUUCUAUCGUAGAAAAGGUUUCAGUCGUAGUCAUCUGGACACUGUUUUCAGAAUCAAGACGUUUCGGCUCCCAUCCGGAAGUCAUUCCCAAUUGAGAAUGACUUCCGGAUGGGAGCUGAAACGUCUUGAUUCUGAAAACAGUGUCCAGAUGACUACGACUGAAACCUUUUCUACGACUGAAACAAUCAGUUAUCAAAAAAGCUACUCCUUGUUUUCCUCGAUCAACUAACUAAUCGAUUAGACGACUAAUUGUUUCAGCUGUACAUAUACCUUUAACUGCAUAUUUUAUAGGACUUGAAUAUUUGCUGAUGAGGAAUAAUUUUCAGUUGUGGCCUAGUUGACAGUCUUAGUUGCUGAACAGUGUCCAAAAUCUUCAAAUUGUAGUUCAAAAGUAAAACAUUUUGAAGCGGAGAAAUGUGUGGGAACUCAUUGAGAAAUACAGUCCAGACUGAGCUUACCUGUGGAUAUAAAAUGCCUUGUAAACUUGAGAUAAUCAGUUUCCCACUGAAAUGUUAAUAUGUUAGACUUUAUGUCACAAGUCAAAGAUUUAAAAAUGUUUACAUAAGUGCUUAAAAUGUUCUGUUGCAGCAGAUUGAAAUAUUCGAAGCUAAAGACAUGCAGGGAAUGUUAGAACUGCAACUUCACCCUCUGCUCCACCAGGUUGGCUCUGAAGAAAUCAAAAAAUAUACAAAACCAAGAUCAAUUUCAAGUAAAAUGGAGACAGAAGGAUUUUAUAGUAAAAUUAUAAAUGUAUUCAGACUUGUGCACUUGUUUUCAGAUAGUAAAAAAGCAAAAAUUGCUGUCCCGCACUUCAGGUAACAAACGUUAGUGAAUGUGGUCUGUGUGUUUUCAGUUGGUUUUACCGAACAGUGUUUAUAGUAUUAGUCUGUUUUAAUGUGUUUGUUUUUAUGUGUCCUCUCUGUUUUUUCAACAAUGGCAGUAUUAGAACCCUUUUCACAGAUUAAAAACAAUGUACCUGUUUAGUUUUUAGAAGACUUUUAUAUUUAUGUGUCUUAUUUUUAUAUUUUCUUUUAUGGUUAUUUAUUACACAUUGUAGUGUACAUUACUGUAGUUUGAAUUGAUACAAUAAUAUAUUUUAGUAUGAAAAAUAAUCUCAAGACAAACAAAAAAAACCCAAAAUGUGGUUAUGGGAGCUGAAGUUUGUUUUAACAAAAAAAAAAAACAUAAAAAGAUAAAACAUGUGUUGUGUAAACAUGACUUCUGUUUUAAGCUAAAAAAGAAAAAAGACAGGAAUGAAGUGAGAAAUAGAAACUGUUACAUGUGCAUCCGCUCUUGGCGUUAUUAAGCUACUGAAUUCUAAAACUCUGUGAUUUUAAAAGCAUGAGUCGUCACCGUUUUAAUGAAGGAUCUUGUUAUGAAGCCGUUACUCCCUUUUUAUUUCAAAGCCAAAUUUAGAUCGUCCCGCCACCCUGUUUUCUGUUCUGUGCCAACUUGUUCCAUUGUACUGUCGAAGGCUGCAUAUCGUUCAUUCUGUCCUCACCCUUUGUAAAUCCACUGUCUUUUUGUAUUGUUUUUAUUUUAGUUUUGCUCCAUUUUUAUGACUCCCCAUCACAAUAAAAUAUAAGACAGCA